AAAAGCAAUCCUGUCAAUGUCCAGUUCAGACAGUAUUCAACUCAGAGCCCAAUUUUGACAUGGAAGAGUACACAACAAGUAGAUACAAAGUUACUGGUAAAAUUGGCGAAGGCGUACAUGGAGUUGUAGUCAAAGCUCUUGAUUUACACACAAAUAAAGAAGUUGCAAUAAAAAAGGUUGCCCUCAAGACCAAGUAUGGGAGCACAUCCUUGCAUACCAUUCGAGAGAUUAAGGCCCUUCAAAAUUGUGACUGCGAAUUCAUUUUAGCACUAAACGACAUUUUUCCUGAUUUAACAGGACUUUCUCUGGUUUUCGAUUACAUGCCACAUACCCUCCAUGGAAGGCUUAAGAAUGAAGAGUCUCCGCUCUGUAGGCAAGACGUCCAAAAGUACACGAAAAUGCUUCUCAAGGGUGUGGAAUAUUUGCACGAUCUGGGAAUUAUGCAUCGAGAUAUAAAACCAGCAAACCUACUAAUAAGUGAAGAAGGUACGUUAAAAAUUGCAGAUUUUGGGUUAGCACGUCUAUAUGCGAAGGACGAUCCUGAGAAAUUAUAUUCGCCUCAAGUAUCCACACGAUGGUACAGAGCUCCAGAAAUCCUUUGGGGUGCACAAAAAUACGGACCUCCAAUUGAUAUGUGGGCAGUGGGAUGCGUGCUAGCAGAAAUGCUUCGUGGAGUUCCUCUUUUUUCGGGAACGACCGAUAUUGAACAAUUGGCAUUGGUAAUACGAACAUUGGGAAGCCCAAAAACAUUCGAUUGGCCUGAAUUGAAAACGUUGCCUGAUUACAAUAAAAUAAGAUUCCCUCAUUCAAAUGGUCAAAAGUGGGAAUCCUUAUUUCCAAGUUGUACAAAUGAUGAAGAAAUCGAUUUGACUGCCAAAUUACUUACUUACAAUCCUAUGAAGAGGCUGACAGCGGCAGAGGCUCUCCAGCAUGAAUACUUUCAAUAGGUCUGCUGACACUAUGAAGGCGCUAACCAUUAUUCAAACUAUCGGAGUAAGCAACAAGUGUGUGUAUACCCACAUCAUUGUGUACAUGGAUGGAUAUACACCUAAACAUAAUAAUAAACCACAUGUUAAAUUCCGUCCAUGAAAAGCUCAUUUUAUUUUCGCAUCCGCUUGUGUGCUGAAAUCUCUGGCAAACUUUGAACCUACUGGAAGUUCUAUUUCCGCUCCUUAACAAGAAAAUGCAGGACAAAGAAACUUCUUUAAGAGGACUCUAUAGAAAGUGGUUAUAUUUCGAAGUACGUAAAUAUGUGUAAGCAUAUAUGUUUGUCCAGGAGGGAUUUGUAUAUUGUGCAGUGUAGUGUUAAAUGCUUUCGAUACAUGAUUGAAGGAUCAUUCAAAGGUUAUUCACAUGGAUGGAUGAUUGAAUAUGAUUUAUGAUGUGUAAUAUGUAUCUAUUUAUUAAGUAUGUCAUUUACCAAAUGGUAUGCAGGAGAUCCUUCUUA